AUGGCUUACCACCCAGCAAGCAAUGGAAUGGUGGAGCGGCUACACCGUCAACUGAAGGCAUCUCUAACGGCCAAAUUGGAUAGAGAGCACUGGGUGGAGAAGCUCCCUCUCGUUCUUCUGGGCCUGCGUACCGCGCUAAAAGAAGACCUCAGAUUCAGUGCAGCAGAAAUGCUGUACGGCUCUACAAUCCGACUACCGGGAGAAUUCUUCGGUGAGAAAUCAGGCACUGCGCCGACACCUUCAGAACAUAUGGAAAGGCUACAUUCCUGGUUGGAGCACCUGCAACCCAACGCGCCACGCGUCAGCCGCGACCAAAGAGUGUUUUCCUUCCCGGACAUGAAUGCGGCAACCCAUGUGUUCGUGCGACGAGACACAGUGAAAGUGCCGUUGACUCCUGCGUACGACGGGCCCUUCCGUGUGCUGUCGCGGUCGCACAAAACUGUGACCAUUCGUGUUCGCGACAGAGAGGACGUCGUUUCUCUCGACCGCGUGAAACCGGCUCACCUCAUGGACUAA